GGGCGAGCUGCGGUCUGUCAUGCUAUGGCUUUGGUGUGUGUGUGUGUGUGUGCUCUCAGUCCAGAAGUCCGAGACGUCUUCGAGUGCGCGGGUGCAGGAGGCAUGUGUGUCACGGGGCGCUUUCGCUGAGGGAGAACUGAAGUUUUUUUUCUUUCUUUUGUUUUCGGUUGCUCUGUCCUCUAUAUGAUGUUCGCGGGUAAAGACCACUGGAACUUGUCUUUCGCCGGCUGUGGGUUUUUGGGGGUCUAUCACAUUGGGGUGGCCAGCUGUCUCUUGGAACAAGCCCCUGAGUUCGUCCAUGGAGCCGCGAACAUCUACGGAUCCUCGGCAGGAGCGCUGACAGCCGCCGUGCUCGCGAGCCGAGCCUCUAUAGCUAAGUGUUGUGAGGAGGUGAUCGGUUUGGCUCGGGAGGCCAGGAGCCGUAACCUCGGGCCGCUCCACCCCUCCUUCAACCUGGUGAAGGUGAUGCGCUCGGGGCUGCAGCGGAACCUCCCGGCCGACGCUCACACCCUGGCCUCCGGGCGCCUGAGUGUGUCGCUCACGCGCGUGUCUGAUGGCAAGAACGUCCUGGUGUCCCAGUUCAGCUCCAAAGAGGAGCUCAUCCAGGCUCUCAUUUGUAGCUGUUUUAUCCCCGUCUACUGCGGACUGUUUCCCCCCAGCUUCCGUGGUGUGCGAUACGUGGAUGGGGGCAUCAGUGAUAACUUGCCCCAGGCGGGGCAGAAGAACACCGUCAGCAUCUCUCCGUUCUCGGGCGAGAGCGACAUCUGCCCCAGGGGCAACUCCAGCAGCUUCCACGAGUUCCGCCUCACCAACACCAGCAUCCAGAUGAGCCUGGGCAACAUGCACCGCCUGAGCAGGGCGCUCUUCCCCCCAGAACCCAAGGUCUUGGCAGAGAUGUGUCAGAAUGGUUAUAAGGACGCCAUGCGCUUCCUGCAGGAUAAUAAUCUGCUGAGACGGGAUUGGCCAUCUACUGGCCCCGCCCUCGCUGAUGACCUCACUACCCGGUGCUGCUCUUGCUCUGGUCAGAAGAGCACUGUUGGCAUGGAAACAACCAAAGAGUGGGUGCUGCGCAGGCUCCGCCUCCUGGGGAGGAAGCAGUGGUGUUUGGAUGAAGAGAGGGUCGGCCACCUGCCCGCGCACAUCAAGAAAGUGUUCUGCGCAGCAUGUAGGGAGAAGAAGGGCUUGUAUGGGCAGGUUUCGGACCUCCUGCCUCUGCGGAUGGCCUCUGUCAUGCUGAUGCCGUACACACUCCCCAUUCAGUCUGCAUACUCAGCAGCCCAGAGGUUUGUGGAGUGGAUUCCUGAGUUCCCCGCGGAUGUGUCCUGGCUUGUUGAUGUAGCUGGGGCUGCAUACCGACAGGCCUGGAGAGGAACAGAAGCAGGGAGAGAUACCUCAGCCCCUCAGCCCCCUCCCCUCAUGGAGCAAGAUGGGCAUCUGUCAAUCUCGACCGUGGAUCUCCAUGGAUACAGCUGGAACUUCGCAGACAGCCCCUCCCCCCCCAGGAGCCCCUGCACUCCAAGCCCAACCCCCCGACAAAUCUGUUGUUUUGUGGGUUCACAUGACUAGAUGAAAGUCUAACCCUAGCCCUAGAUGAAGGUCCUCACAACAGCGUUCUGGAAGAGCACAAGCCGGCCCUGUGAACGAUAUGGAAUGUUUAGGGUAAAUGAUAUGGAAUGUUUAGGGUAAACGAUAUGGAAUGUUUAAGGUAAAUGAUAUGGAAUGUUUAGGGUGAACGAUAUGGAAUGUUUAGGCCCUAAACUUUAGGGUAAAUGAUAUGGAAUGUUUAGGGUGAACGAUAUGGAAUGUUUAGGGUAAAUGAUAUGGAAUGUUUAGGGUAAAUGAUAUGGAAUGUUUAGGGGGAACGAUAUGGAACUACAUAUGUAACCCUGACCCUAACCCAUAUGUAACACCCUGGGCCGCAGCCUGUGGGCUGUUUGGAGAUUAGUGAGAUCCAGGUGGGAGUGGGGUGGUUAGGGGAAGGGCUUAAGAAUUUUCUUUAAACUCCAUUUAAAGCCACCUUUGCUGUUUGCAUACAUCAAGCAGUUUUUUCAGUCCUUGGCUAGUGUUAGGGUUAGGGUUACUGUAAGGUUGGUGUGGAGAAUGAAUGUAUUUAUUAUUAUUCUGCAACAAUUAUAAUUGUUAUUAUACAAUUGAAACAAGCACUAUUGCAAGAAUGAGUGAUGUGGAAUAUUAAGAAUGAAUGAUGUGGAAUGUUAAGGAUGAAUGAUUUUUUUUCCAAUCAUUUUAACUCUUGUACCAAUACCAUGUACACAUUCCCAAAACACUUAACACAUCGAGCACACCAGUAGACCAUGUGAAGCAAACU